AUGAACUCUAAGGGCGACUCCAAAUGCCCAGCGGUGCUGGGGGAGAGGAGGCGCAGUCCGCUGGAUCAGCUCCCGCCGCCGGCCAACUCCAACAAGCCGCUGACGCCUUUCAGCAUCGAGGACAUCCUCAAUAAGCCGUCUGGGAGAAAGUGCUGCUCCUUGAGCGUAGUGGCGCACACCAUCUCUCCCGGAGAGAAGCUGCCCCCGGCGGGUCACAGCCUGCCCGGCCGGCCGCUGCUCAGUCAUACGUCCCCGCUCUGCGCGCUGGAGGAGCUGGCCAGCAAAACCUUCAAGGGCCUGGAGGUCAGCGUCCUGCAGGCUGCCGAGGGCCGAGACGGCCUGGCGCUCUUCGGCCAGAGGAACACCCCAAAGAAGCGGCGGAAGUCCCGCACGGCGUUUACCAACCACCAGAUCUACGAGCUGGAGAAGCGCUUCCUGUACCAGAAAUACCUGAGCCCGGCGGACCGGGACCAGAUCGCCCAACACCUCGGUCUGACCAACGCGCAGGUCAUCACCUGGUUUCAGAACCGGCGGGCCAAGCUAAAGAGGGACCUGGAGGAGAUGAAAGCGGACGUGGAGUCCGCCCAGGUCGCAGGCGCUGUGGCCCUCGAGAAGCUCUCCAAACUGGCCGAGCUGGAGAAGUGCGCGGCCGGCGGUAUGGGCGCGGGCGCUGUUUCCGCGCCAGGCCACACCGAGGCCGAGCCAGUCUCCUCCAGGUCCCGCCGAGACACCGCCGAGAGCCUUGGCUCCAGCAGAGCGCACAUGUCUCCUUCUUCACCAGCACCGUCGCCGCACACACAAUGGCUGAGCAGCAAGUGUUGCUCAGGGGAUGAAGAUGAGGAGAUUGACGUGGAUGACUAG